UAGCCGUGCCAGUCGGCAGUUCGUUUUCAAAGCAGCCGCGGUUCGGUUCGUUACUCGCUGAACGCUCCUAAACGGAUUGUUGAUCCCGUUUUGUGGAGUCGGUUCCGUGGAUUGUGGUAGGACAAAUUGACGACGCAAAGUAUUAUUUCUAAAUUCUUCAUCGCCGUUGGGAAUUUUCUGUGAGCAGUGCAAAAGUCUUUGUUACUUGCUAGGCUGCGUGGUUCCAAUGGUGCGGGUGUACCUGGUUUAAGAUCAGGGAAGGGACGGUAGUUGAUGUAGACCGUGAACCUGCUUUUAACGUGAUUCAGAAAGAACAUGAGUAUCUAGAAGAUCGUAGACCGCAUCUAGUUUUCAGUACGAAAAGCGAAAAGAAAAAUCGUAGUGAAUUUGUUUGAUUCUCACUCUGCCCGACUUGGGGGAGCAGCUUUCGCCACGUUCGGAUGAAAUGUGUAAUUCGGUUUGUUGUUUAUAAAUAUUUUGAACGCCCUCGCUUUCGAGUUGGCCAUCCCAGCUGGAUCGUCGAUUUGUUUGAAAACGAAGCUGCCGAAAAAAUUGGCCCAGGGAGUGGUGUGAAAGAUUGUUUUCCGACCAGAUCGAGAGGCGGCCACUUCAGAGAAGUGCGAGUGAGCAGAUAAUGGAAGUAAUUUAUUAACGAUUGGUCCAAGAGUUGAACGAAAAAACUGAACCCGCUUCAAGUGUUUCAGUGAUCCGAAGCUAAUGAUCCAUCAAAAAAAUCAUUGUAUUAUCAUAUUUCCUCACGUCAGCCAAUUCUAAAAACAAUGCCGACUAGAGUAUAAUUACGGCGCAAUCACAUCCGAAACAAUACAUAACCCACCGCAAAUCUUCGAUUCCUUGUGAUACAAAAUUUUACCGAAUAGUAACCAUCACCAUGUUGAACCGGUUUUUGAUGCGCAAAGAAAAACCUUACAAAUCGGAAAGUAUCUCUUCGUCGACCAGUGCCGCCAUACAGGAUGCGGCUAAAGACAACCGGAAGCUGAUUCUGGACAGCGGUCGGUGGGAGCGGCGAUUACAAAAAGAACUGAUGUCCCUUAUAAAAGAGCCUCCUCCAGGAGUUACGGUGGACGAAGACAGCGUUAGUCAAAAUUUAACUCAAUGGAUAAUAAAUAUCGAUGGUGUGGAAGGUACCCUGUACGAAGGAGAACAUUUUCAACUAUUAUUUAAAUUUAACAAUAAGUAUCCCUUUGAUUCGCCAGAGGUGACAUUCAUAGGUUCCAAUAUUCCUGUGCAUCCGCACGUCUACUCCAACGGUCACAUCUGCCUAUCAAUACUGACAGACGACUGGUCCCCCGCGUUAUCAGUGCAAUCAGUAUGCCUCAGCAUAUCAUCGAUGCUGAGCAGUUGUCGAGAAAAAAGGCGUCCCCCGGACAACGGAAUCUAUGUUAAAACGUGCAACAAAAAUCCGAAGAAAACCAAAUGGUGGUAUCACGAUGAUUCUGUGUAGAGCGGAGCUCCGGAUUUCAUUUUAUUCUAGAAGAACAAACGCAAAGUGGAUAUCCCGCCCAGUGGCAACUUAGCAGCGGAAACAGCAGUAACAAAUAUACAGCAACAUGCUAGCAAAGAAGCCGAUCCACCAACAAACAAGCCAGCAACCAGCAGCAGCAGUAGUAGCAACAAAACAAAACUAUGCAUAGAUAAGCUAAUCCUAGAUUAAUUCAAUUAUGUAAUGUAGGUCUAUGAAAAAUAGCUAUGGAAGCUUUCUACAUUCAAUAUAGACAGACAGAACAAUCGAGUAUGGAGCGAAUCGUGGACAACCAGAAAGAGAAUGAAUAAAACAAAAUGCAAUUUUUCGUCCCACAAUGAAAGCAAAUUAGCUAAGUCAAACUAGAAAUAGUAGAUAGAGUGAGGAAAACUUUUGCUCAUUGUUCAGGCUUGAACUAAACAAGAAACAUCACUUUCCUCUCGUCUGUAUAUUGAGUAUUUUUGUUCUACAAAAAUAAUCAGCAAAUAAGUUUCCAUCAGCUAUUUGAUGUAUGCUCCUUUGAGGAAAAACGAAACAUAGUCAUCUUUUUUUUUACUUUUAUCUUUAGGUGUUUUUGUGAAUGAAACAAAAAAUUAUAAUUUAUUUUACUUAAUUCACAUUUUGAUUGCGGCCCUCUACAGAACUUUGUUAACCACUGAACCACUGAAUAUUCGCUUUGAUUGGAAUGCACCUCAAAAACAACAAUGUUUCGAACAAAAUACUUAUGAAGCACGUAUUAUAGUAUCAUGAAAAACACAUUCCUUUGAAAAUCGGUCACAUGAAAACAGAGUGGAGGUCAAGAAAACCAAGCGAAGCAUAAGAAAAUUGCUGUUUGAUAACGAUUGACAGAGUGUGGCGGAAGAUACCGAUAAACGAAUUACAAAACAGUCCAAAAUGUGUUCUUGGUCGAAAGGUAGAGUAACAGGAAUGGGGUUUGGGAAAACUAGCUUACAUUAUUGGUAUAUAUAGUAUCAACAGAAGUUAAGCGUUUUUCAUCAACAAAGUCUAUAAAAAUACUUAUGUCCUUACGCAAAACUGAGAUAUCCUACCGUUGGUCUCGUAAUUUGAUUGUAUCCAAUUUAGAGCCGUUCGCUGAGCAAAUUUUAUAUUCAAUGCGACACCACAAAACAAAGAGUUAUAAUGGUAAGUGCAGCAGAGGAGGAAAUUGCUAUAUUACAAAAGAAAAUCUGUGAGUAGUUGUUACUGGUGAUUAGAAGAGAUAAAAAUAUACCUAUUAAGGAAACAAAACUUACGAAAUGAAUAUUUAACAAUGUAGGUACGCAACACUGUAGAACAAUUCGUGCAUGAUGAAGCAAACACGUUUAAUUGUAUAAUUGAUUUUUUUUAUUAAGGAAAACAAUACCGAGAGUUUCGAAAACAAA